GCAUGUGUGCAUCUGAUAUUUUGUUGAAUACGAUAAAAACCUGAAUACAUAUAGGUGCACUUUCCGAACAAUACUUAUUCUCGUCAAGGCGAGUGCGUUGUAAAUAAGAAAAAGUGUUAAAAUACCGGUGUUUUCUUCGAAAAUUUUAUUUUAUGUAGCACUGUGAGAUUGCAGGAUGUCUUCCAAGAGUUUGAUUUUGUUCUUCGAGUUGUUUCUAAGCUACAGUCUAGUAACUAGUCAAGUCUUUGACGGCGAUGUAGUCAUCGACCCUGGAGCAACCAUCAAGUCUGGUGCAGUCAUCGGCUCUCGGACAUUCAUCCACUCUGGUGCAGUUGUUAACGCUGCGGUCAUAGACUCUAAUGUAUACAUCCGUUCUGACGCAGUCAUCGGCAGUGGUGCGAUCAUCGGCCCUCGCGUAAUCAUCAACUCUACUGCAGUUAUCAACAAAGGCGCAGUCAUUAACUCUAAUGUAUUGAUAGGCUCUGGUGCAUUCAUCGGCUCCGGUGUAGUUAUAGACUCUGAUGUAUUCAUUAACUCUAGUGCAGUUAUCAACAAAGGGACCGUCAUCGCUCCUAAUGCAUUCAUUGACACAGGUGCAAUCAUUGGCAUUGGUGCAAUCAUCGGCUCUCGUUCAGCUAUCCACUCUACUGCAGUUAUCAACAGCGGUGCAGUCAUUGACUCUGAUGUAUUGAUAGAGGCAGGUGCAGUCAUCGGCUCUAAUGCAAUAAUCGGCUCUGGUGUAAUCAUUAGUUCUAAUGCAGUCAUCAAAUCUUACGCAGUCAUCAGUUCUAAAGUACUUAUCUCCUCUGGUGCAGUCAUUGACUCUAGGGCAGUCAUAGACUCUAAUGCAAACAUUGGCUCUAAUGCAUUUAUCGGCUCAGGUGCAGUUGUAAACGCCAGUGUAAUCAUCGGUUCUAAUGCAUUCAUCGGUUCUGGUGCUCGCAUCAAUACUACAGCAUUGAUCGGUCCUGGUGCAGUCAUUGGCUCUGAUGCAGUCAUCGGCCCGAGGGCAAAAAUCGGCUCUAAUGUAACCAUCUCUCAUGGCGCAGUCAUCCCUGCUGAGGCAUCCAUCUUACCUGGUGCAGUCAUUUCUCCUAUUGCAAUCAUUCCCUCGAAUGCUGUGUACUCCUCCAAACCAGUGACCUUCCUUGGUGCAGCUGGUAAUGACACCAGUAGCUCCAUCGUCUUCCGUCCAUAGCUAUAUGGUCUUAAUUUACUUGUCAUACUCGUAUAUUAUUUAAUACUAUGAAGCUGAAGAGUUGGUCUGCACGCGCUUAUCUCAGGACGCUUGAUUUGCAAAAAUUCAAGACAAGCUUUAGGGUUCAUUUUGUAUGGAUAUAUGUACUUGGAUAUACCUGCACCACGCUCGUAUUCUUUUGGUCGUGAGCAAAACCGCCAUGUAUUAUUUUUUUGCACGCUUUCCGACAAAACUUGCCCUAAAUUGAUUAGUAAGGUACUUUUCUAUAGCUUGUAACUGUUAUUAGGACAUGUUUUUGUGACAGAAAAUUAUUGAAAAAUUGUAAACAUAUCUUAUUUACUUACAUACCACGAACUCUAGCUUUAGAUGUAAGCAGUAACUUUAUACUAUUUUAUGUCAUUAUUUCUACUUUUAUAUUCACUGUAUACAACAAUAAUUAAACAUAUAAUUAAAGUAAA